CUUCUAUAAAUAGAACCGAAAUCCUGACUGGUUCUUUCGAUCGGAGACCCUCGAAAGACCUCCUUAAGCAAAACAAAAGCAAAAACCAGAGAAACCCAAAUACGAAGUCGGGGUCUGAAAAAGAAGACUUCCGCCAAAAGAAAACAAAUUCCCAGGUUGAUUUUGCUAUCCGUGGUACCAUACGAAUUUCGGUUCUGCAAAGGCAGAUUGUGAACCUGGUGUUGAUUUUGCGGAAAAGGGAGUGAUCAUCCCUUCUUUUCAUCACCAUUGCAAGGCUGAUGCUAGGCUCAUAUGAUGGACUCGCACCAGCAUUUUAGAUAUAGCGUAGCUGGUGUGGGCGUAUCGUACUCCUCAUCUCAUCCUGCUGCCCCUUCAAUUCCUAAUAGGUUCUUUGAUUCCUUAAAGUUUGAGAUAGGGAACUCACCUAAUUCACCUUUUUCAACUCAAUUUGAUUGUGAUACUAUCACUGCUUUGAGCGACAGCCAGGAGCGAAACAGCUCCACGGAGAAUAUCUCAGGGGUUAGUCCUCACAGCUCCUCACUCAACUCUAACGGUUUUUUCCACUGGCCGAGCCCUUCUGUGGAGUGUCGUGGGGACAGUCUACCAUACCUUUUUAGUGGGACCUCAUUUUCACCGGAUACAAGUUCUAGCCGGAACAUAAAACAUGCUUUGCAGGAAUUAGAGACCGCUCUAAUGAGUCCCGAUGAUGAUGAUGAAGUGACAACAUCAAAUACGUCUUUCCAACAAUACAAAGGGGAACAUACAUCAGGUCAGAGAACCAGAGCAUUGAGCCAGGAACGCCAGGUUUCACGUGUGAUUCAACCUCAGACAUCAUUUGUUUCUAGGCAAAGGCAAUCAGAGGAAGGAGCUCGAAUUGAGAAACGUCAAAAGGCAGUACAAGAGACAAGCAUGCACUCCGUUCCACCAGGCAACCUAAAGCAACUGCUGAUAUCAUGUGCGAAAGCGCUCUCUGAUAACAACAUGAGUGAAUUUGAUACGUUGGUUGAAAGGGCAAGACGAGCAGUGUCUAUUACUGGAGAACCGAUUCAGCGUCUUGGUGCUUACAUGGUAGAAGGAUUGGUAGCAAGAAAGGAGAAAUCAGGCACCAACAUCUAUCACACCCUCAGGUGUAGGGAGCCUGAAAGCAAGGACUUGCUUUCCUACAUGCAGAUUCUGUAUGAAAUCUGCCCUUACUUGAAGUUCGGUUACAUGGCAGCCAAUGGAGCCAUUGCUGAAGCAUGUAGAAAUGAGGACCGCAUCCAUAUCAUCGACUUUCAAAUUGCGCAGGGAACCCAGUGGAUGACUCUCCUUCAAGCUCUUGCAGCAAGACCUAGUGGGCCUCCCCAUGUUCGUAUUACAGGAAUUGAUGACCCCGUUUCAAGAUAUGCUCGCGGGGAUGGAUUGGAGGCAGUUGGGAGACGAUUGGCAUUGAUCUCCCAAAAAUUCAAUAUUCCUGUGGAGUUCCAUAGUGUGCCAGUUUUUGCUCCGGACAUCACACGGGACAUGCUUGACGUUAGGCCUGGGGAGGCACUGGCUGUGAACUUCCCCCUGCAGCUCCACCACACUCCUGAUGAGAGUGUAGAUGUGAACAAUCCAAGAGAUGGCCUUCUCAGGAUGGUCAGAUCACUGAACCCUAAAGUAACUACUUUGGUUGAGCAAGAGUCAAACACAAACACAACCCCUUUCCUGACCAGGUUUAAAGAAACACAGGAGUACUAUCUGGCAAUGUUCGAGUCCAUCGAUGUGACACUGCCAAGGGACGGUAAGGAACGUAUCAACGUAGAGCAGCAUUGUUUGGCCAGGGAUAUUGUGAAUGUUAUUUCUUGCGAGGGGAAGGAAAGGGUGGAGCGCCACGAGCUCUUUGGCAAAUGGAAGUCUAGAUUGACAAUGGCUGGGUUCAGGCAGUAUCCGUUGAGCUGGUACGUCAACUCGGUUAUAAGAAGCUUGCUAAGGUUUUACUCAGAACAUUACACACUGGUGGAGAAAGAUGGUGCUAUGCUUUUAGGUUGGAAGGACAGAAUGCUGAUAUCUGCUUCUGCCUGGCGUUAACAACAGAAGAGACAGAGAGGGAGGUAGUCGGUAUCAAUAACUUGUUCGUUUAAUCCACAGGGUUCUUGUUCUUGCAUAACAAAUAUAGGGUAGAUAAGGCAAUGACGAAUGUUAUAUCAAUUGAGUUGGGAUCGGGAAUGGGAGAUGGGAAUGUUGUAUUAGUGUUUUCAAAUUCGAUGGAUAGUGUUCUUGUUAACAUGGUUUUACUGUUCAUAUAUGCCAUUGUUGGCUUACAUAUGCUUCUGCACAGAUAUAUCAAGAAAUGAUGAACAUUUGAUAUGAAUUUAAA